AUGGCGCUGUGCCAGAACAGACUCCAAGAGGAGAGAAAGCAAUGGAGAAGAGAUCACCCCUUUGGUUUCUAUGCGAAGCCUCAGCGCAACGCCGCCGGUGUUCUUGAUCUAAAGGUUUGGGAGUGUGGUAUACCCGGCAAGGAGAAGACGAUGUGGGAAGGUGGUUUGUUCAAGCUCAGUGUGACCUUCCCUGAUGAAUAUCCAACGAAGCCUCCAAAGUGCAAAUUCGUUCCUCCCCUCUUCCACCCCAACGUCUACCCAUCCGGCACAGUUUGCUUAUCCAUCCUGAACGAAGAGGAAGGCUGGAAGCCGGCUAUUACCAUCAAGCAGAUCUUGCUCGGUGUCCAGGACCUUCUGAACGACCCCAACCCCGAGUCACCAGCUCAAGCCGACGCCUAUAAUUUAUUCAAGAAAGACCGCGCAGGCUAUGAUGCUAAGAUCAAGAAGAUUGUGAGGGACCACCCCGCGCCUUGA